AUGGAAAUGUCGACCGUUUGGUUGAUUAUAGAGUUUUUAGCGGUCUGGGGCGUGCCGGAGAAGCACGGGUUUCCCAAAGACCACGGUAUGGCUGAGAAGGAAGCCCACCUGGAGAUUCUGCUGCAUGUUCCACAGGCAAUGAAAGUGGACAAGGAAAGUCUCAAGACAACUGGAGCAGCAAACAAGAAGGAACUGGACGCAAGCUUCGGCCAGUUCGUCUCAGAAAUGCGUCUCAACUGGAAGGUCGAUGACGGACAGCUGGUCGUCGUGGGUGUGUACGUGGACGACCUGCUGGCCGCCGGAACCGACACAGCUGCUAUCGAAAGUUUCUUUAACCAUCUUAAAAGCCUAUCCAUCAAGGAACUCGGCGUCGUCAGCACAUUUCUUGCAGUGCGCGUCGCUAUGGACAACGCGGCAGAUACGUGCUUGGCCAGGAGGAAGCGAUAG